ACUACGCUCCUACUCCACCUGAACUACACCCUCCAGCAGCAGCAGUGUCUCACACUGACCCGGCACGUGUCCCACUGAUGUCUCGGUUCCUAGAUAUGGCAGAGUUUGGAGAAGCUGCUCGCUACCUCCGUCUCACCAACCUGGAGCAGCUGGCUGCCAAGGCCCUGGCUUUUGAUGGUACAAAGCGUGUGUGGUUGCCUGAUGAUGUGGAAGCGUACAUUGAGGUCGAGGUUAAAGAGCUGAACGGAGACAAAACCACGGUGGAGACCAAAGACGGACGGUUCCUGGUGGUUAAAGAAAACGACCUCCAGCCGAUGAACCCUCCAAAGUUUGACAUGAUCGAGGACAUGGCCAUGUUGACCCACCUGAACGAGGCGUCCGUCCUCUUCAACAUGAAACGGAGGUUCAGCAUGUGGAUGAUCUAUACCUACUCCGGUCUGUUCUGCGUGGCUGUCAACCCGUACAAAUGGUUGCCGGUCUACUCUGCUGCCGUGGUGGCGGGCUACAAAGGGAGGCGCCGUAUAGAGACACCGCCACACAUCUACGCCAUCGCUGACAACGCCUACAUCGACAUGCUGCAGAGUGAGUCACCUGUAACCUCUGACCUCUGACAUUAGCCCUGCCGGCAUGGUGAGCUGCAACCAACUGGCUCACCAUGCUACAAGUCUGUUACCAUGACGCUAUCUACUAUUCAUCUCUGCUGCGGCUGUAACUCAGUUAAAGGAACGAUUUCCAACCAGGGUUCAUCCCAGUGUCCCUCCUCCACUCCUCUAUGCUCCACUCCUCUAUGCUCCACUCCUCUAUGCUCCACUCCUCUAC